AGCGCGUGAAUCAGAUCGCGUGCAAAAGAUAAAACCCAAAGUACUUUAACAAUACGGUCGCGUUUGUGGGCGAUUAUCACUGAGAAGGAACCGAACAGCUCGUCAGGCGGACUAAGUCUACGGGGGAAAUGGUUCUGUAAAGGGCCCGGCCAUCGGACCUUAAUGCAACAUCUUUACCGCUUUGUUAAUGUAAGUGUUGACGGAGGGUAUCAUACAGGAGAUGGCAGCUCUCAUGGCUUCAGGACUUUGGUUUGUCGCUCUCAGCUUGGCGGCUGUACGGUGUUCGGAGGUGGAGGAGCGGUUGGUAAACUACCUACUCUCCCCUGAACGCUACAACAAGCUGAUCCGGCCAGCAAUCAACAAGAGCCAGCAGGUCACCAUUGCAAUCCAAGUGUCCCUUGCCCAGCUCAUCAGUGUGAAUGAGAGAGAGCAGAUUAUGACAACAAACUGUUGGCUUUCUCAGGUAUGGAAUGAUUAUCGCUUAAUGUGGGAUCCAGAGGAGUAUGAAGGAAUCAGGAAAGUUCGCCUUCCUUCCCAGCAUAUAUGGCUGCCUGACAUUGUUUUAUACAACAAUGCUGAUGGGACAUAUGAGGUGUCUUUCUACUGCAAUGCAGUCGUAUCUAAUAAUGGUGAGGUUGCCUGGCUACCACCAGCCAUCUAUAAGAGUGCCUGUAAAAUUGAGGUGCGGGACUUUCCCUUUGACCAGCAAAACUGUACACUCAAGUUCCGCUCUUGGACUUACGACCACACAGAAAUUGACCUCAUCUUAUUGUCGGACUUUGCCAGCCGAGAUGACUUCAAGCCAAGCGGGGAGUGGGAUAUUGUCUCCUUGCCCGGUCGUAAGAAUGAAGACCCUAAUGACUUCACAUAUUUGGAUAUAACGUAUGAUUUUAUCAUAAGGCGCAAACCACUGUUCUACACCAUUAACCUAAUCAUCCCCUGUAUUCUCAUUACUUCGCUGGCCAUCUUGGUGUUCUACCUACCGUCAGACUGUGGGGAGAAGAUGACACUGUGUAUCUCUGUUCUUCUGGCCUUAACUGUGUUCCUGUUACUGAUUUCCAAGAUCGUACCUCCGACCUCACUCGCUGUGCCCCUCAUCGGCAAGUACUUGAUGUUCACCAUGGUGUUGGUGACCUUCUCAAUUGUCACAAGUGUAUGUGUGCUGAACAUUCACCAUCGAUCCCCAAGCACGCACACUAUGCCGAAGUGGGUCAAAAAGUACUUCCUGGUGCGUUUGCCUGGUUUUCUAUUUAUGCGCCGACCAGGAGAGUCCAACAAACGUGAGAAAUUUCGCAGGAUGCACCAGCAGUGCUCCUUAUCUGAUCUCCCAACAAAGUGUGAAGCAGAUGAGUUGGAUUCUACCUUCUUUGUGAAUGAAGAUUCAGCCAAGCACAUUGGUUGGAGACAUAGCGAGUUGCAGGAAAGCACAGAGUUUCGUAAGCGAAUGGCGGUGAAGUGCUCUGUGGACAUGAAGGAGGCUGUAAUGGGGGUCAGAUACAUCGCUGACAAGCUGAAGAGUGAGGAUGAUGAUGAAGGGAUUAUCGAGGAUUGGAAAUAUGUGGCCAUGGUGAUCGACCGUCUGUUUCUGUGGAUCUUUGUUUUAGUGUGCGUUACAGGAACCAUUGGGCUCUUCAUGCAGCCUCUCUUUAAGAGCUACAACACACCCACUGCAGAUGAUUUGUAGACACGUACACAGGCAGACCAGCUUCAACCCAACAAACACAGAACAAUGGAACAACAAGUUUAUUUUUGGUGCACACCCAAACAUCUGUCUUAUCAUGACAUGAAGCAGACAACAUGCUUAUUUCAUCAUAUCUUGUAGCAACUGCAGGAUGUGAAACCCAACAAUGGACUUCAGACCUGACACGUGUCAUAUACAGUAGCACUAAGCUCAAUUCAAUGCACACGACACAAAAUUCUUCCAUGUCGUUGAGUCAGAGCACACCACUGGACACAAACUGAAUAUUAAGCUGAUUCUAACAGUGACCUGACCUCAAAGCCCUUCAAAGCUGUCAUUCAUCCACAAAAGUUAGCCCUAGAGGCCUCUACAUUCUCUAACCUCUCAUUGAAAAUAGGGCUUUAAACCCCAAAAUGGCUCCAAACCAACAGUCCCCUUGACACUUUGACUGUCUGCCAAGAGAAACUCUUAAAAUUCUUAUUCCAAAACAAAACUUUACGUGCAGGAUGCUUAUAAAUCUACACACUUUUACGUUGAGAUUAGAAUUUUCAUUAGAAUGAGGAACUCAACAUAGACAAAGUUAAAACCCAAGAAAUGUUGUUUUAAUGUAAAAAAGUACCUGAUGCUUAGACACAUCAGGACUAUUUACUGGCUGUAUGUAUAGAUUUCAACUCAACAUUUCAACUCUUUAUUACAAUCCUUACAAGUAUGGCAUGUAUUUCAAGGAACAUGCAACGUCUAUAUCAAUAUGGAUGUAACUGUUUAUAAGGUCAAUAGGCCAAUGUGUACUCAUAUACACACCCAUACACACUUGCAUGUACUGUUCUUUAAUUCACAUUACUUAUUUGACUCUUUUUGGUUUAAAUAUUACGGAUGCAGCAUCUUCAUAUUUUGAUUGAAUUACAUA